CUCACUUUGCCAGGACUAAGGAGACUUAAAAGUGAACAUUUAGGGUUGAUUGAGGUGAACAGAAAGCUGUUAUUGGACGUUGUCGUAAGGACACGAACUACCUCAGAGAAGAUGUUUUUUUGUGGACUACUCUACAACGGCCUCUCUGAAACGCAUCGAUAAAAUGAGUCAAGGAAAUACAAGGAUAGAAAAGAACCUGGACUUUGGCUUUUCAGGCAAGGCGUAUGGGUCCUCAAGGAGUAUUGUGAGAAGAAUAGCCACCAAUCUUCCCCUUAAACCAUGCCCCAGGGUCCAUUUUCAGCUCAAUCUUUACACUGAAGACGGUAGUGUUCUGAACAGUGCUGGGGGACAGAAUGGACUGGUUGCCUCUUUGGCUGAUGUUGUCUGGAUCGACAGGGAAGAGAAGGAAGAUGAAAAUUACUGGUUUGGAUUUGGAAGACUGAGGUCAGAAGCACCGUCCGGGCUCAUGUUCCGUUCUCACCUGCCUUUGCCCAGACGUAGAUCAUUACCCAGCCUGCACCAGGCCGAGCCAGAGCCCCAGGGUCAAAUCCGCAGCAACGAUGAGGCCAUCCAGAAGAUCAGUGCUCUGGAGAUGGAGCUGGCCAAACUCAAAGCCCAGAUCGCACAGAUAGUACUGACCCAGGAACAGAACGCACAGACACCAGCCCCAGGUGGUCCUCCUGCCCCAGGUCGCCCUCCACCACCCUGCGCCCCUCCCCCUCCUCCACUCAUGGGAUUCCAGCGGAGCUUCUCGGUCAUUGACCUCAUCCAGGAGCGCCGUGGGAAGAAGACAGAUGGCCAGACACUGCUGGACCAGGAGCCCAAGCAGGCAGAGGUCCCCAACAUGCUGGAUGUGCUUAAAGACAUCGGCAAAGUCAAGCUACGCCCUGCUAAGAGCCCGCUGGAGAGCCAAGCCAAGCCUAGUGAGCCCACAGAUGCUGCGUCUCUCAUCGCUAAUGCCUUGAAGCGCAAGUUCGCCCAUCGCUAUCGCCACAACAGCAAUGAGAACAAGGAGUUUGACUUCCCAGCCUCUGAACUGAAACCUUUCUGUUCUGAAUUCCCCAAGACUGACAAAGUAGAGGUUCCCCUGGCAGCACUGGCUGAAAACCCCAGCCCCUGUAGUGAAACUACACCCAGAGACACCCAUGUUUGGGCAGCACAUGUUGAAAUGUACUGGCCAGAGAAAGCUGCUCUGAGCACCCAGAGAUGGUUUGACCUCCAUGGACACUUAAGUGCCUUAUCAACCUGUUUGUCACCGGUCUCUGGAUGGCCAUGUUGUUUGACUAGAUAUACAAUCAAUCUGCUCUCUAUUCCUACUCACAACAGUAUUGCCUCAGUCUUCAGUUCUUGCACUUUGAUAACAUACCAUAUGUAAUAAUUAUUUUUUUAACUUUCAUUUAAAAAUGUCCUAUUUUUGUUGAAUUGAUGUCAGUUUGAAAGUCUUCGAUCUUAAAUUAGGACGGUCCAAGAUUGAUUGUCAGAUUUUCGUACCACAACUAAAUUCCAAUGAGAUUCACCCGUGUGUGUUCUGGAUUUAGUCGAACACUACAAAAUCCUAACAUUCCUCAACUGUUAACUACAUGUAUUAAAGUGGAUUGAACGGUUUCUAAAUGCA